AUGCUUUUGCUCGAACGGACCAAUGAGAUUCUUCAUAGCGCGAAUUUAAAGGUCUGUUUCAUACUUCCACCGCCACAGUCCUUUGGUUGGAAAGAAAGGUUGCGAUAUACUGGGAUUAAUCAAACCUCAUUAAAAUGUCUGCUGCUAAUGAGAACAGUCCACGACUCACUCAGUUCAAAAACAAAGGAAAAGAUGCAUCCGAGCUGAGACGUCGCAGGGUCGAAGUCAAUGUUGAACUUCGCAAAGCAAAGAAAGACGAGCAGAUUUUGAAAAGGAGAAACGUGAGCAGUCUACCGGACGAGGCCACCUCUCCUCUUCAAGAGAAAAGCCAGAACGGUCAGGCUCUGCACUGGACGGUGGAGGAGAUUGUAAAUGGUGUGAACAGUAAUAACUUGGAGACUCAGGUCCAGGCGACCCAAGCUGCCAGGAAGUUGCUGUCAAGAGAGAGGCAUCCACCUAUUGACCGUAUCAUCAGCGCUGGUCUGAUUCCUAAGUUCGUGAGCUUCCUGAGCUUGACCGAAUCUCCUCCCAUACAGUUUGAGGCAGCCUGGGCUCUGACUAACAUUGCAUCUGGGACAUCUGACCAGACCAGUGCUGUGGUUCAGGGAGGGGCUGUUCCAGCAUUCAUCAGCCUCAUCUCUUCACCGCACGCUCAUAUUAGCGAGCAGGCAGUCUGGGCCCUUGGAAACAUUGCUGGUGAUGGCUCUGCAUACAGAGAUCAAGUCAUUAAGCACGGUGCGGUUGCCCCCCUCUUAGCUCUGCUGGCUGUUCCUGAUUUCUCAGUAUUUCCUUCUGGUUACCUGAGAAACGUCACCUGGACCCUGUCAAACCUGUGCCGCAAUAAGAACCCUGCACCUCCUCUGGAUGCCGUGAAACAGAUGCUGCCAACUCUUAUCCGCCUUCUGCAUCAUGAAGAUAAGGAGGUGCUAGCGGACACCUGCUGGGCAAUCUCAUACCUGACCGAUGGGCCCAAUGAAAGAAUCGAGGUUGUGGUGGAAAUUGGUGUGGUUCCUCGACUGGUGCAGCUGCUGGGAUCAGGGGAGCUCUCCAUUGUGACCCCUUCACUGCGUUCCAUUGGUAACAUCGUCACUGGUACAGAUGAACAGACCCAGGUGGUGCUCAACGCUGGCGCUGGUGAAAAGAUUGGUGAGGUCGAAAAGCUGGCCCUGAUGAUUGAGGAAUGUGGUGGCCUGGACAAAAUAGAAGCUUUGCAGUCCCACGAAAAUGAAAUGGUCUACAAGGCCUCCCUCAACCUCAUUGAAAAGUACUUCUCUGGAGAGGAGGAAGAGGACGAAUGCGUUGCCCCCGAAGCGACAACCGACGGCUAUGCGUUCCAAAUCAAUGAAAACCCAAGCACUUUCAACUUCUAAAUAUCUAAACUGUGGUAUUUUUGUAUGAUUGUUCUGAACAUUUCUGCCAACUGCUUGUCUUGUUCAUGUUUGUCUUUGUGAGGACCUCAUGUUCUGACUUGUACAUACAAAUGUUUCAAUUUUAUUUGUUGUAAAUAAAAAUGGAAAAGAA